CACGCUUUGGACAUCCCAGUUCCCUUCUUGCGCUGGCAUCCACUCUCCAUCGUCCGGUCAUAUCAUCAUCUCGGUCUGAUCUUGGGAGUUCGCAACCGCAGCAUCAAUUCCCUACUAUGUUCCCUUCUCUCCCCUCGUAUUCCCCACUCUUCCUGCUAUGCCUUGCACUCUUAUUCUUCAACCAUUCCCCUCCAGCCGCCGCCGCCGACCCCCUCUACCAAAUCUGCGGCACGACCGACAACUACACCACCAACAGCACCUAUGCUUUCAACCUCAACCGCCUCCUCACCUUUCUCGACAUCAACACUUCCCUCUCCGGUGGCUUCUCCAGCUUCACCGUCGGUCAGAGCUCCAACCAAAUCGACGGCCUCGCCCUAUGCCGUGGCGACAUCAACGCCACCGUCUGCCACUCCUGCCUCAACACCGCCAUCCAGGACGCCCCCAAGCUCUGCCCCUACACGAAAGGCGCCAUCAUCUGGUACGACUACUGCCUCCUCCACUACUCCAACGAGCAUUUUCUCUCGACCGUCGACAUCUCGGACGAAAUCAUGAUGUAUAACGUCAACAACAUAACCGAUCCCAGCCGUUUCGACAAGCUUGUCGAUGUGCUAAUGAACAAGAUAGCAGACUCGGCUGCCUACAACUCGACCAAGUUGUUCGCGACCGGAGAGAUGAUGAACUCCACCAACCCUCCUUCUCCGACCAUAUAUGGGCUGGCGCAGUGCACUCGGGACCUGUCGAAGGUCCAGUGCCGGCAGUGCCUCAGCGGCUUGCUUGACCCGAGAUUCACCCAGUCUGAGGGGAAGCAGGGAGCGAGGGCGCUUGGAGGGAGCUGCGAUUAUAGGUUCGAGAUAUACCUCUUCUAUGAAGGGGCACCAACGCUAAGGCUUCAGUCGCCGCUAGAGACAGCACCGGCACCGGCCGCCCGAGCGCCUCCACUUAUUGCUUCGGCCGGAAAAGAAGGUAGGGGGGAUAAGAUUGUUAUUUGUAGCACCUGUGAACCUAGUUAUAAUCACCUAGAGUUGCAGUCUAUGAAUUACCCAUCCGUUCUUGGUUUCAGAACUAUGACUUUAUCUGCAAAUUGAUCAGCACUCUUUCCGGGUCUAGUGUUUUAUAUUUCAUGUUUUCUUAUCUAUUUAUUAUCCUGUCAAUUUCAUGUUCCUAAACGCCGGAAAAAGUGGGGAAUUUUCUUCUUAA